UUCAUUUUCGCCGACUAGUACCAACAUCAUUUUUUGUCUAGUGAGGACCAAUGACCGGUCUUCUUAUUUCCAUCGAAUAUCGACCAGUCAGAUGAUGCUUGAACUGGCAAAAUUAGCGACUGCCAGACCGAUGGAGAGAUACUGUGGACUCCUCAAGACACCAGACAUCAAAUGUUUACAAGACAUUACGACUCUCCCAGUGUGGAUCAUUGAAUACGCCUGGGCGCAACAGAAGAUAGAAAUAUUGGAAGGUCUGAAUCCCAGUCUGUGGCCAGAUGAAAACCUCGGUUCUCUAAGCCUGGAGGAGCCCUGGAGGCUGAGGACAGGUGCUGCCCAGGCCUGGUGCAUUGUUAGGGCCAGGGAUGUGGCCCGCUUUCACUGGGUGCUGGACCUCCUGGAUGUCACCUUCAGGCUACUGCCUACCCUGGUGGCCCCCAUCAAACACAUGAAGAUCAUGUAUGGCCUGAAGACCAUGAUCAUUAUGUGGAUGCUCCGGGAGGACCAAGGCAUAGUGAACACUGUCAGGAAGACCAUCCAACUCUUCCCAUCUAGACUUCCUCAGUACCAGGGAUGUAGCCGCCAUGAAAUGUACCUGAUGAGGAAAAACCAACAGGAAUUCAAGACCCUGGCCCAGAGCCUCGCCAUGGACCAGACUCGGAGGGAAGCUUACAUCCAGCAUCUGAUGCAGGAGCAGUAUGGAGAGAGUUAUGCUCAGAAACUAGAGGACCGGCUCGUUCACUACCUCCACCAACUAGACACAGUCCUGCCCAGGGAGACAUACAUUGACCAGCUGUUGAAGAAGGACAGUUCCACUCUGCUCCACGAGGAGCAGCUACUGAGGAGGCUGCUGACCUGUGAGCCUGGCUCCAUAGCUGCCUCCCUCAACCGAAUACUGCUCUCCCGAUCCUCCCCCAGGUGUGAUUCCAGAAGAGCUGCCCAGAGGGAGGGGGUAGGGCAGGGGGAAGGAGGUGGUGGUGGGAGACCUAGGCCCCCUGGGGGAGCUCCAGAGGACUUCAAGGAGGCCUCCACUGUGGGGGGACUGAGUAAGGUGGUGGACCCCCCGGCCCCGAGGCUCAGAGACAGUAGGCGGCGGGGCAGCGAGGAGGGAGGCCUAGCCAGGUGGUCAUGGGUAACCCCUUGCUGCGGGGUGGAAGAGGGGGCCGGGUUGUUUACGGAGACAGACGAGAACAGCCCCCUGCUCCUUGAGGAGGAGGAGGAGAGCAGAGGAGGAACAGAGGAGGGAAAUAGAAAGGAAGUGGAUGGAGGGGUGGAGAUAUUGAACUGCGGUGACGUGGAUGAUGGAGAAACGACUGAGCAAAGUCAAGACAAGACGGGAGAGGAGAUGAAAGAGCGGGAGGGCAGCCAGGGGGGCAACUCUCCAGACGAGGAGACCCCGCCCCUACAGCUGUGCUCCAGACAUCAGAGGUGGGUGAGGAACAUUCUGCACCAGUGUUCAGAGGAGGAGGAGGAGGAGGAGCUGGCCUCUCCCACCACACUCCACCACAGCUGCACCUCCUCUGAGGACCUCACCCCCCCCGUCCUCCCCCUCCUCCACCACAGCAGUCCCUCCCUUCUCCACCCAGCUCCUCCCACAGAGCCUUCUACCUUUAGAGGAGACACCCCCUCUACCUCAUCAUCCCAGGACAUCACUCCCUCCCUCCUCCCCCAGCCUCUCACCCCCCGUGAUGGAAAGACCACUGUUAACCCACACAUCCCAACCAAGGACAGGCAACAUUCUGGAGGAGCUGGGGGAGUGGCCUUCCGUACUCACCCAAUGGGCUUCGGAGCCUACAUCCUGCGCCGCCCGCACCACAUAACUCCACCCCAGCCCUCCUAUAGAAACGAACAAACCCCUUCCCUCCUUCAAUCAACUAGGUCCACUUCUCAGGAGAUAAGCUCUUGUCCCCCUCGGAUGAGGCAGCUCGCUGUGAGACUACACCGCCUGGACACCCCUCUCCCGACGCUGGCUGUCCUGCUGCCCCAACCCUCCACCUCCAGACCCGGCCCUGGGGGUGCACACCACCCUGCUCAACAUCUUCCUCAACUCCCGCUCAUCAUCUAUGGUAACAGCCAGACCCCAGGCCUCCAGGGCAGCCCCCGGGCCGGCCCCUGGCUGUCUGCUGGUACCCUGGCCUUACCUCUCCAGUCCAGGGUCCUCCAGCCCCAGGUGCUUCUGACCAGACUGCCCCCACAGCAGUUGACCAGUGGAACCCUGCAGUCUGGGACGGAGGAGGAGGAAGAUGAGUGCUACGAUUUAGACGUCAACACACUGUAUUCCAGCAGCGAGUCUGAUGAGGAUGUGGACUGCCAGAGUUCAGAUCCCAACUACAGGCCGCACAGGAAGAUUUCACAUCACGGUACAGCGUGACGGGAGUAGAUGUGUUAGGAUGUAGCUGGUUGCUGAAAUCAUCUGUCCACUCUCAUACUGGUCAGGACCGAGGAUAGUUGUACAGGUUUCCACUUCCACUGUGGUCAGGACUGCAAAGUAUCUACAGUUCGCACACUUUAACCUGAAUGCAAUGACACACAGUCCAACUGCACUUUUCACAUAUUUACUUAAGUGUGUGUGAGAGCUUUUGUGUACUGUACAAUGUCUUUGCUCAGGCACUAGGUCUAGGUCAUGUAUGACAGCAGUUACUGACAUGAACCCAGACUUUGGUGACCAAUCACUGCCUGCCUAUCCGUAAUUUGACCAAUCACGGGUGACGACCCUCAGGGGAAGGGGAUUGCAUUGAGAGAUCUGUGGUGGCGUCAUGAGGGUUCUCCUCUGACCCCCUCCCCACACACACAUGACCCCUUCACUGUGCACAUGUUGACCCAGAGGGCAGAGUGGUCCAUGCAGUAGAUUUCCACUGUCUGAAGGUAGCUUGAGGACAUAGGUGUAGCAGGCCAGAGAUGUUCCACAGUUCAUCCAAGAGCACUGUGGGAGGAAUUACUAUAUCUUUAGUGUUGCAUUGUUUAUUAGCGUUGAGGGGUUUACGACAUAAUCGUGUGGCUAUUGAACAAACACAUUAUGAUAUACCAACUCUGGAAAAAAUUUAGAUCACUGCACCUUUUUCUUUCAUUUUUUUUUUAAGUUGAGAAGAAACAUUUUGAGUGAGGAACAGAAGGGUUAAAUUUAAGAGGCCACUGUGCAAAUGUUACCCUUCUGUUCCUCGCUCUCAAUUGUCCUUCUCAACUUUUUUUUAAAUGAAAGAAGAAGGUGCAGUGGUCUCCAUUUUUACAGAGCUGUACGAAUGUGAUAAGGGAUGUUAUUGUUUUUUGUUUGGAAUGAAAGUGUUGUUUUUUUAAGAGGUGGGAGGAGGACUGUGGUCUGGUCAACACAGUGUGGAAGGGUCCAAUAUUGCAACAACUUACUGGCAAUGUUGCUACAAUGCUGGGUGUCAGCUGGGGAGUUAACUUACCCGGGUAUGUCGCAUAACCUGCUUUCUGGAAUACCCCCCAAGUGGUCUGGUUAACACAGGGCCGGAGUGUCCAGGACCACAUGGUCAGAGGGUGGAGGACAGGUCCAAAGGUGGUGGGGAGGAUUCUGUGGAAGAGUUUCAUUACCUCCGUUUUCCACUAUUUAUUUAUUGUGAGGUCAUGUACUUUUGGUCAAUACCGACGCAGGACAGAGUGACUCUUUGAUCAGCGUGUUGUUGCAUCAAGUCAACACUGCUUAUAGCUUGUGAUGAGCGUCACCAGGAUGGAGUCCAAUCAGCAUCUAUAUGGAGCUAUGAAGUCACUGCCUGUGUUUACAAUGCAUAAUAGCCUAGCAAUUGAUUUGUGAACAGAACCUAUGAACUGUGUUGAAUAUCUGUUAUGUAAAAAAAAGUGUGUACUUGUCCCUGGUUCAUAAUGAUGUGUAACUAGUUAUUAUUUUUAAUUGUGACUUUCUGGUUUGUUUACAUUGCUUUGUUUGGUUAUUUUUUUAUAAUCAGUUAAUUAAACAUUUGUGGGGGAUUUGGAUAACCCUGAAUAGAAACCCCUUUUGAUUUAUUUUUCGCAAUCUUUAUUUACACCCUGCCAAAUCCAGGCAGCAGAGUUGCAAAAUGAUCACCCCCACCUUAUGUAAGUUGCACUUUUUCAGAAUGUACUAUUGGCAUCCCUUUGCUGUUGAAGAACACUUACAACAUAUGUUUAUUGCUUUGUAUUUGUCUUUGGUUAAAAAAAAACACAUUGAACAGCCGUGAACUGAAGCUUAUGCCUUGAAUAGCUCAUUUUAUUGAACAUACAGGGAUGAC